GCCAUAUUGAAUACACUGACGGGAGAGGAGACGAAAGGGAGGCUGAAAUUCCAACCAAUAUCAGCGCCAUCCUUCAUAUUACCCUAAUACUGAUACCUGACGGGAAUUCUUAACUUCAUAAUAGAACAGCCGACGGGCUGAUUUUGUAUCAAUAGUCAGCCAAGGCGCUAAACAUUUCUAAUAUAUAUAGCUUCCGUCAACUUCCGGCAGAACAAAAAUGGGUACCAAGGAUGACGAAUAUGAUUAUCUUUUCAAAGUGGUGCUUAUAGGAGACUCCGGAGUAGGGAAAAGUAACCUGUUGUCCAGAUUCACUAGGAAUGAGUUCAACUUAGAAAGUAAAAGCACCAUUGGUGUGGAGUUUGCUACAAGGAGUAUACAAGUGGAUGGAAAGACAAUUAAGGCACAGAUCUGGGACACAGCUGGUCAAGAGCGUUAUAGAGCCAUCACUAGUGCGUAUUAUCGUGGAGCUGUGGGGGCGUUACUAGUCUAUGAUAUAGCUAAACACCUGACAUAUGAGAAUGUGGAGCGCUGGCUGAAGGAGCUGCGAGACCAUGCUGAUAACAAUAUCGUCAUCAUGCUGGUGGGCAACAAAAGUGAUUUGCGUCAUCUACGAGCUGUACCUACAGAUGAGGCCAAAGCCUUUGCAGAAAAGAAUAACCUGUCUUUCAUUGAAACAUCAGCGCUGGAUUCUACUAAUGUAGAAACGGCAUUCCAAAAUAUAUUAACAGAGAUUUACAAAAUAGUAUCUAUGAAACAGAUACGAGACAGUAAUGAUGAUGAUAACUCUCCCAGUAGCAAUGUACAGACAAUACAGGUGGCGCCUACAGACAAUUCUAUGCCUCGCCCACAAAAGUGUUGUAAUGUCUGAGGCAGUCCACAACGCGUGGUUCUAUGGCCAUAAGGAGGGCACCGAACAUUCACUUAACUUUCCAAUCGAGAGGAGGAUAUUUGGAGGAGUCCAAGUUCAGAUCGGGAGGGGACCGCAGUGUCUUUCUGGAAAAGGUUCCGAUGAAAUGUAUCAGUUAUCUGAUACAGGAAACUUUCUGUGACAAGAACAAAAAUUUUAUUAAAACGGUGAUAUCAGAGAAAAGAGCUGUAGAGAUGAAAUGUUUAAAGUUUUUAUAUAUAAAAGUGACAUCAGUUUUUGGUAACAAUUUAAUUUCUGUAGAGGUGAUGGAAGGGGGUUGAAAUAUCAUCAGAACUUCAGACCUGAUGAUAGAAAACACAAUUAUCAUGAUUCCUCACAAAGUCAUCAAUAUGAAAUGAUUGAUUAUUCCAUGUGUGAAUGUACAGCAAUUCUGAAAUUCGAAUUUUCAGUUUCUGUACAUGUAUAAAAUGAAGUAUCAUUAUUUAUUCAUUUGGGAGGGGAGUGUUGAGACAGAGCUCUGAGGAUUAAAAGACUCUGUCACUUUAUGUGUGCAAGAUUGAUGGAAACAUUUCCUCAGAAAAUAUCAAGGAUUGAUCUGUCAUGAAAUUUAAUGAGGAACCUUUAACAAUGUUCUGAAAGAAUGAAAUAUGUGCGUGGAGAACUACUGUGAUGAAAUCUUUGUACCAUGCCAUAUGUUAUGUCUAGUGUCUGUCCUGCAUACACCAUGGUACUGCAACUUAGAAGGUGUUUAAUGAACCAUUUAGUUGUAUAAUGCCUUUGCCUUGUUACACAGUACUCCCAGAAUAUUUCAUGCAUUGUGAAUGGUAAGUUUUACAUGUGGAGAGUUUUAAGAUAGCAGGAAGCUUCGUGAGUGUUUAAGAGAAACAAAGAAAAGGUUUGAAAAACUUGAUAUUAAAGUUUUGUACUUAAGGUUCAGUCAGAAUAGCAGGGCUGUCUGUUUAUGUAUAUGGUGUUUCUUGUUUUUUUUUAUUCCUGGAUUUAAAUAACACCAUAUGCACUAUGAUAUAUUUAGAAAAAUUGCAGAGUAGGAGCUGCAUAUCGUGACCGUCUGUUGGAAAUAAGUAGGGAGAUCUGUGUAACAAAUAAAAGGUACUGACUACAUUUCACAAGUCGCAUGUUUCUAUCUUCAUUAUUUUUUUAUAUAAUUGUAUGUAGCCAUACUUACAGCUCACCAGUGUUAUAAAGCCAAUUAAACCUUUGCUAUGAAUGCCAACAUGUAAUAAGGUUUGAGAGAGAAAACUCGUGAUUUCAUAUAUGUUCAUGUGUCCCAUAUUGUGGUAUGCAUGAGGUGGGUGAUUGGGUUCUUGGGACCAUAGUAGUGUAAAUGUUUAAUGAUUAUUGGAAACUGGGUCAAGAAAACCACUACAUGGAGAAGAACAGGGGAGAUCACAUGACUUUGUACAGAGUGGAACAGAGGAGACCACAUGACUUUGUACAGAGUGGAACAGGGGAGAUCACAUGACUUUGUACAGAGUGGAACGGGAGAGAUCACAUGACAAUUGGCAUUAUUAGUGUGAUCAGUUAUCGUGUAUUUAAUCAGAUAAGACAGAAUAAUUUCAUGACUCGAAAUCCUUGCUGAUUAAUUGAGCAAAUCAUGAUAUGACAGUAAUGUUUAUUUAGCAAAUGCUAAUAACCUAGGAACUUGUAGUGAUUCCUUCUGUUAUCAGUUUGUUGUGACAUUAUGGUGGCCUGCAUGUCUGUUAGACGAUGGGUAGGGGGCUAUGGUGGCCUACAAGCUGUUAGACGGUGGGUAGGGGGCUAUGGUGGCCUACAAGCUGUUAGUCGGUGGGUAGGCCUACAAUCUGUUAGACGGUGGGUAGGGGGCUAUGGUGGCCUACAAGCUGUUAGACGGUGGGUAGGGGGCUAUGGUGGCCUACAAGCUGUUAGACGGUGGGUAGGCCUACAAUCUGUUAGACGGUGGGUAGGGGGCUAUGGUGGCCUACAAGCUGUUAGACGGUGGGUAGGGGGCUAUGGUGGCCUACAAUCUGUUGGACGAUGGGUAGGUGGCUAUGGUGGCCUACAAGCUGUUGGACGAUGGGUAGGUGGCUAUGGUGGCCUACAAGCUGUUAGACAGUGGGUAGGGGGCUAUGGUGGCCUACAAUCUGUUGGACGAUGGGUAGGUGGCUAUGGUGGCCUACAAGCUGUUAGACAGUGGGUAGGGGGCUAUGGUGGCCUACAAGCUGUUAGAAGGUGGGUAGGUGGCUAUGGUGGCCUACAAGCUUGUUCGACGGUGGGUAGGAGGCUAUGGUGGCCUACAAGCUUGUUCGACAGUGGAUAGGGGGCUAUGGUGGCCUACAAGCUGUUCGACGGUGGGUAGGAGGCUAUGGUGGCCUACAAGCUGUUAGACGGUGGGUAGGGGGCUAUGGUUGCCUGCAUGUCUGUGGUUAUUCUCCGAGAUCUCCAGAUUUCCUCCACUACCCGACUUGGCAUUUCCUUAAAUGACCCUGACUGUACAAUAAGCCAGCAAACCCUUCAGGUGAGUGGUAUUUUACAGAGGAAGGAUUUUUAGAGCUGUAUUUCUGUUGUACGGAUAUUGUGUUAAUCAGGUAUAAAUAUGUAUGUAAAUCUGGUCUCCAAAAAUAUUCUUCUGUUAAAUACACCUGAUCUAAUAGAAUUAGUAACAUACACUAUUCCUCAUCCACAGGGUUUGUUUAGGGGUACAACCUACCGCCUCAUACAGAAAUCUGUAAGCACAUAAUUGUUUUUUUUUGCACUUGUGAAAUGUGGUUGGACUAAUGUGCGAGUCCAAGACUCGUGUUGUUUUCCAGUAAGAUGGACCAUGUAUAGAUUAUCAUUAUAUAUGGCUUCACACCAUCCUGUAUGAAGAAAUUUUUAUUUUUCCUGUGCUUUUUCUCAAGAGACUAUGUUUAAUCUAUAUGUACAGCUAUGAAACAUUAUGAAUUUUGUUGAUAAACAUUGAACAGAUGUCAUGAUUGUAUGCUUGUAAGUAUGUAAUUUGUACAAAUGUAUAUCUUAUCACCAGCUAAA